CUUUUAUUUUGAAAGAGCGCCUCCUUGCCGUUUCCGGGUGGGAGGGUAGCGCAGUCAGCUGAAUCAUGCUCGGAAAUAUUGAUAACAAGCUUCUGUUCUAAGACUUUUUUCUGUUGUAAAAAUCCACUCGGUAUAUCUUCCUUCCACUAGCACCAUGGUACCUACAGACUUUAAAGCCGUGAUCAGGCGAUUCUACGCCCUCCAAACAGAGCGAAUAGAGGCGUACAGGCUCUUUGAGGAGGGCCAUGAGGCGUACUUGCGGACCGGGCCCCAGUACGACUUUGACCACUACAGGCAGCUGGUCCACGAGAUCACGCAGGCCUUCCUGGGCAUCUCCUCGGAGGUGCUGCGCAUCAAGGAGCAGCUCCAGGGAGAGCUGCGGCGGCCGGACCUCGCGGAGCACAUCGACGCGCUGCAGCACAAGGAGAAGCAGAAGCUGGACCUGGUGAGAGCAGCUCUACUCACCCUGUCAUAGUAGCUCUGUACUCAU